AAUCUGAGUUUCGCGCGUAGAAUAUCUCCUCGUUCAGUAUCAGCAAUAACUCUCACCUAAAAUUAUAUUUAUCUGCGUUAUUAAUGGACAUAAUUUAAUUAGACAGAGAUGGAUACGGCUCGAUAUAUAUUGUACACGCGGUAGAAAUGAGAGUGACAGUAGUCAAUACGGGACAAGAUGAGAAAAGGGGUUUCCUCGUGCUCAGAGGGCGCUGCUGAUAGUAACGCGGGGUGUUCCGAGAGUAGCUCGUGCGUACGGACCAUCAGCCCUUCGUCCUGUUAGUGCAGGGCUGUGAAAGUCCGGUCCUCCGAGCCGACUGACGGUCUCAAGUGCGUCAUACCCCCUCCGGACCCUCAACAACCGGGACAGAGCGGAAAUGGAAGCCCGAACGAGUUCAGGCAAAGAGAAGGCUGGAGCUGGAAGCCAGUAACUCUCAGGACCUUCAGCAUGGUGGCAGGACUGCCAAAGCCAAGAAGCCAAUGGCCUCUCUAUCUCACACUGGAGGAAAGACUCCCACCCCCAAUCCCAUAGCACACAAGAUCCUGUUCGAGAAGUCGCGCUAUGACACCUCGCUCGGCUUCUUGACGCAGAGGUUUGCGGAGCUGCUGAGGUGCUCCGCUGACGGGGUGUUGGACCUAAACCUAGUCGCCCAGCAGCUCAAUGCCCCUAAGAGACGUGUCUACGACGUCACCAAUGUCCUGGAAGGGAUCCAACUCAUCAAGAAGAAGUCUAAAAACUGCGUUGAGUGGUUGGGCGGCCAGGUGAACGUGCACAUAGAUCAGCAGCUGAAGGCUCUCGUUGAGGAGGAGAGGACGCUGGACGAGAUGAUCCAAAGCUGUACGAGGCAGGUUCACCAGAUGUGUGAGAACAGUCACAGUCGGAGAUUUGCGUAUUUGACUUACGAGGACGUCCAAAGGAUUCCCAGUUUGAAAGAACAGACUGUGAUCGUGAUCAAAGCCCCUGCAGAGACAAAACUGGAAGUGCCACACCCAGAAGAGAGCCUCCAGGUCCACCUCAGCAGCACACAGGGGCCCAUUGAGGCGUUCCUCUGCUCUGAUGACCCCAUCCCUAUGGAAGCCACAGACAGCUCUGUGGCCAAUGGCGGCCACUUAAACUCAUCUGCCAAUGGGAACGGCUCCGCCCCCCUCUUGCCUUACCCGUCCUUCGUCCAGGUGUCUUCCAAAGACAAUGCUAAUUGUACUUCUGGAAACAAUAGUAUCUCCAACCCGCUGUCCGAGCAGAGACAACGCUCAUCACCAGCUACCGUCACCCCCACCUCCCCCCAACCCCCCUCUGAAGAUCAACAGAGCUUUGUCACCCUCUCUCCACCUCUGGCCUUCUCUCUUGAUGGGGAGGAGUAUGUCCUGAGCCUCGCUGAGGAUGAGGGCAUCACUGACCUCUUCUCCGCUGUUGACCUGGACCAAUUGCCCCUGGAUAUGCCCCUCUAAACAGCUUUUGUUUUGGAAAUACAAUAAUUUUGGAGGCAGUGGCCAUCUUCCCACAAAAAGGAUAUCAAGCGGACGCAAUAAAAGAAGAAAGUACUGAUUUGAAAGUGAGUUGUUUUUUUUUUUUUUUUUUUUUUUUUUUUUUUUUUUUUUUUUUUUUUUUUGAUGUCUGCCUAUCCUGGACGAUGUGACUGGGAUUACCUGACACUCCAUUAUGUGGAGGAGGUUACCCAAAAGCAUCACAUUGGAUUGGUCUUGGAAUAGCUGUGUAUUUCGAAAGAAAGUGAGAUCUUUUUAUGGCUUUCUUGUUGUCUUUAGGACUUACACUGACAUGCAUGUUGUUAGACAAAACACUUUGUCUCCGAUCUUUAAUCUGUUACAUUUCUGUGUGUCCUUCCUAAGUGUCCUUCUCUAAUCUCAGAGCCUUGCUGUCUCAACAGAGGACUUAUUCUUGACCAUUAAUGUCACGACAUCCUGUAGUGAUGGUCUGGAAAGACAUGGAUGGCAUUUUGUAUCGUGAUCACAAAGGAGCCUUCACAACAAAGCUUAAUGAUUUAGACACCUAUUUCACAUUAAGAGGUGUUGAUUAAAAGCAUUAAAAAUGCAAAGAACCCACAUGUCAUGUGUUGGCUCUGCUAUAAGGGAUGCACUGAUCCAACUGUUUCUCACCUGAUACCGAUUCCAAUACCUAAACUCGGGGUAUCUUAUUCCUGUCUUUUUUGCAAAUAUAAAAUCUGUAUACCUCACUGUGGAAUUCCUUGGAAUCAUUUUUAAGUAAGGUUACAUGAGGCUAGGGUUUGUUGUGGCACUAAAAACUGAGUUGGCGGCCCGGCAUGACUGAAUGACUGUCUGAAUGAACUGACAUUGGAUACACUGAAAUUUAUAAUCACAUUGACAUUGUGAUCAUGCAAAACUUUAAUGGAGUUUCCCAAAGUUUGACAUUUAACCAUUUUUUAAAUUCCUCUGUUGUUGGGAGUGGUUUGUCUAGAUUGUUACAAUACUUGUUGAUUAUUAGGGAAACAUCUUGCAGCUCUCCUGAUCAAGUCAUCAUGUUCCUGUUUAAGUUGCCCAACAUCUAGGCCAGUAGGUUGUGCAGGUACUGUAACGCAGCCUGUCUUCACCUGCGUCACUGUUUAGAGGCAUGGAAUUGUCUACUGACAACACACCGAACAACUGAAAGCACUGGCUUACCUUUUCUUCACGUUGAAAAACUUUUAGCGUUUCCAUAUAAAAACAUGUCCUCGAUCGCAAAGAAAUUUACAGUGUGACAAUCCGUAUCAGGUGAGCACAACUCUGAUAGUGUCAAUUUAGGUGGGUGUAUAUUAAGGACAUGUGCAGGUGUUUGCCAUCAAACUGAAAACUUGCAAUGCUCCAUUGAGCUUCUUAUGAGUGCAGAAGACUGAGUGCUCUCAAAAGGCAGUGUUUAGAAAACUGUAAAACUCUUAAAUGAAUAGCAGUGAUAACUUUGUUUCUCUCACUCAUUUGUUCUUAUCGUUUCUUCUCAAAACCAAAUGUGGGCAGUCUCAGACCUGAAAUACAGCCUGACAGUUUCUGAGAUUUUUGCUCUUUAUAGCAAAUAAAAUCCACUACGAGGAACUGCUAACAACUGUUGAAAUCUGAGCUGUUUUAAGAAUGACCAUCUACCCCAGUAUGGUCCUAUUGUGGUUGGAGGAGUAUUGUUACUGGAAAAAUGAAUCUAUGAAAACCGUGAGCAUUUUUAAAUGUGUGGUCUAAGGUCUAAUCUAGACUUGAGAUGGUGUUUUUAAAAAAUCUCCUGUCCUUAAUGUCAUGGCUUUACCUGUUGUAUUCAAUGACCCCUCAGCUUCUUACUUACUUGACAGACCACUUGGUGUAACAAAUACUAUGUACCAAAUUUGAGCCUUAUGCACCUUUUUGUACCUUUAGGACUAAAUGGCUUUUAUGCAGCUCAUAUUCUUAGUUCUGGCGAAAGUAAGUACUUUUAUCAAGCAGUAAUAAAUGGAAGCAUUUGGUGUGGUAUGGAGAUGUUGGAAAGAUAUUUGAAAAAAAAAAAUAAAGUGUGUGUUCGUUAA